AUUUUCAACUUUUUGACUAAAUUAAAAACAAAUUCCUUAGUUCAAAUAUUAAAGAACAGAAACGAGUACUUUUGUGUUCGUGCCAUUGUGUUUUCUUUAUCAUCCAAGAUCCCGUGAGGAAGCAUCGUCUCAAACCCAGUCAAGAAAAACGACAAAGGAUAAAGAUUAUCUGAAAAACGUUUUUGAGAGAGAAAGAGAGAAAUAUUGAGAAGAUGUUGGAAGGAAAAGCAAUGGUGGAAGAUUCAGACAUGCCAGUGAAGAUGCAGGUUCAAGCCAUGGCUUUGGCUUCUCAAGCUCUUGAUCUCUUUGAUGUCGUUGACUGUAAAUCCAUUGCUGGCCACAUCAAGAAGGAGUUUGAUGAGAGCUAUGGGAGUGGAUGGCAAUGUGUGGUGGGAUCAAAUUUUGGAUGUUUCUUCACACAUUCCAAAGGGACUUUCAUCUAUUUUCAAUUGGAGACACUUAAGUUCCUAAUUUUCAAAGGCGCUUCUACUCCUUAAUAAAACAAAUCCUGAGCCAAUGUCAUAUAUUUUUCUAUCCUUCUAUGAAAAUCUGUGAACGAAAAGCUUUAAGAGCCUAUCAAGAUCUUUUCUCUUCUGUUGCUCUUUAUAGCUUUGUUUGAAUCCAGGUCUGUAAAUAGACCCAAGAUGGGAAAUUGAUUUUAAUGAAGUUGCGGGGAAUUUUGGUUCCACGUUUUAUCA